CAAUGUAGACGUCAAAACAGUUAAAAUGGCUCCGUUUCAAGAAAAACCAUCUGAAGAAGCCGGAAAAACUAACGAAGAAGACAAGAAGAAUUUGUGGUCGCAAAUUCUUAACGAAGUCCAGAAACAUGGUAAUCCAAAAUUGUCUCCACGUAAGCAAAUUGUCGUCCUGGGCGACAAUGAAUCCGGCAAGACCACCAUGGUAGCCAAGUUACAAGGUAUUGAAAAUUCCAGCAAAGGAUCAGGGUUAGAGUACGCCUUUAUAGAUGUUCGAGACGAUUAUCGAGAUGAUCACACCAGGUUGAGUGUCUGGGUACUGGAUGGGGAUCCAGCCCAUGAUGAUCUUCUUAAGUUUGCUCUAAAUGAAGAGACAUUCCAGGAUACACUUGUAAUUCUCACUGUUGCGAUGACUACACCUUGGGGUAUCUUAGAACAAUUACAACACUGGGCCUCGGUCCUGGCCGAUCACUUAGAUAAGCUUAAACUAGAGGUUGAUUUGAGACAGAGCCGCAGACAGCACAUGGUGAAGAUGUGGCAGGAUUACGUUGAACCGGGGGAUGAGUUAGAUCCUGCUUCUCCUAUGAAGAGAAGUUCCAGGAAUCUAGGCGAAGAAGAGGAGGAUUUCGAUGGGUCUCCACUGCCAGAAGGCACCCUUACAAAUAAUCUUGGCUUGGAUAUCGUCGUGGUCGUAACGAAGACCGAUUAUAUCCAAAACCUAGAGAAAGAACAAGACUACAGAGACGAGCAUCUCGAUUUCAUGCAGCAGUGGAUACGGCGGUUCUGUUUGCAGUACGGAGCCGCUUUAUUCUACACCAGCGCUAAGGAAGACAAAAAUUGCGAUCUGCUGUACAAAUACCUUACCCACCGUAUAUAUAGUUUCCCCUUUCACACUCCCGCAUUGGUGGUAGAGAAAGACGCCGUGUUUAUACCUGCAGGGUGGGACAACAUGAAGAAAAUCAGUAUUUUGUAUGAGAAUAUGCACUCGUGCAAGCCAGACGACUAUUAUAGAGACGUCAUCGUCCAACCUGCGACUAGAAAAACGGUAAAUCGUGAAACGGAGAUUCUGGCUGAAGACGAGCAGGCCUUCUUGACGAGACAGCAGCAGAUUUCGUUCGGAGGAGGCCCGCCAACCAUGCCGAGAUUGGGCGACACUCCGUCGAGGCUACCUCUCGCUGGUACGGUGUUAAUUUUCUAUAAAUUCGUUCCCUCCACAUGUCAUUUCUUGAUUUUCUCAGGUAUCCAAGGCUCUCCACGCAAACUAGACGGUUCGAAGGUGGUGAGUUCGCCAGGAGGCGAAGGUGUUUUGGCAAGCUUCUUUAAUUCCCUGUUGCAUAAGAAAACGGGUAGUCCUGGCGGUGUGAUUGCCGGGAAACCCUCAGGCAGCGAGAGCUUAACCGACAAGGUAACCAUGAGGUCUGAUGCGGCAGCUGAGUUGGACAGGUUGGCGAGGGGCGCCAAGAAGCCUGCUCCGGGUAGCGGCAAUACGAGCGGUGUGGAUUUCAAUGCUUCUGAAUGUUAGAUUAAUUUUGGGUGUACAGAGCGAGAGACGUGUAGCAGGACAGUUGGAAAAAUUAGUUACAUUCGAGAGUAUAUUAUAAAUUUAAGUAAAGCAUUUUGAUUAAUUAGUUUAACAGAUAUAUGACGAAGCUUAAAAAUAGUAUUUUCCAGUAAAAAAUCGACUAACUAAAGAAAUAAAUAUAUUAAUUUUUAUAUGUACUGGUAACUCUCAAAUUGUGUUUACUUAACUAUUUUAAGGUCGAAAUGUUAUCGGAAUCUCAAAUAAACAAAUACUUAAGGAAUUCGAUUAAAAAUGACCUGGAAUAUUCGAAAUUAAUAGACGUAAUCUUAUCUCAUGGAUAAAAAUGUUGUCUUCUUUACUUUCGAAAAAUUUUGAGGAAAUAAAAUUUUUAGUCUGAUUUCCCAUCUAAACAAUUUUUUUGAAUGCCGGAAUGCAAUUGCUUUGUCCAACUGAUUCUGUUACGCCUACAAUGGAAAAUUUCCGGGUAUCUUAACCGUUCUAUUGUGUAUUUCAGGAAAACAAGUCCUUAAAAGUCCAAUAUAUAUGCGACUUGAAAAUCUAGACAGCUUUAAUAACUAUCGUACAUGCGCUCUGUGUCUCUUAGACAAUUUUUUUAUUCUCACGUUAAACGUUUUUUAUUAUUAUUUUUAAAUAAAUAUUAGAAGCUUUUGCUAAUCGUAUAACACCUCUGUGAUAAGCUAAGUUAAUAAUUUAUUAUUUCUAUUCAGUUCAUUUUGAGUUGUCCUUAAUAGUUUGAAGAGUAUUUUUAAGAAUAUUGUACCAUUAUGUAAUAAAAUAAAUUCGAAAGCAUGAAUGUCAUUUAAUAUUUGUGUUACUGUACUUGAUUUAAAAAAAAAUUCAAAUAAAUUAAGAGCUGUAUCAAAACACUUUAUUUUUAUAUAGUUUUCACAAUAAACUAUUUCAAGAUUUUCUACCUAGUAUAAAAGCAUUGUUCUCGUAGGUGGGGAAAAAAGAUUUGGAAACAAAAUCGACACUUAAGGGGUAACGCCACUCUAGAAUUUUGAAAAAAUCGAUUUUUGGAUAAAUGGUUUAAACAAUGGUUUACUAUGUGAAAAAUAUAGGGAAAAAAGUUUUAUUGUAACUCGUGAUAAUGUACCGAAAAGAGUAUGAAGAAAAUAUCAAGAAGGCCAAUUAUAUGGUGCAGGUAUCACUGAUUGAACGCAUACAUAUAACGAAUUUCUUACGCUGAAUGGCAACAAAAACUUUAAAAGCGUUUUUCGAGAAUCCACUUUUUUAACUCAAAAAAUGGCGGCGAAAUCAAGAUAGCGGACAAAAUUUUUAAAAGUUAACCGAUUGUCACCAAAUUUUGGAGGUUUACGAGGUCGCUAAUAACGAAUCCGAGGUCGGAUAUAAAAAAUCAAGAUGGCGGAUCCAAUAUGGCGGACAAAUUUUUCGAA